ACUUCGGCAUUGCGGGUGGAAAAAGCGGCGGGCACAUUGUGGAUCGGAUCCAAACUGUUUUUGGUCGUCUCGAACUCAAAAAAAAAGAAACGUAAAUCCAUCGGUACUAAACGCGAUUGUGGAAGGCGCCUCGUUCUUGUGAUACCUCUGCCGUGAAUCGAUGUUCGGUUUGCAGAAAAUAAUAAGGUGGCAGAGAACAUAAACAUAACUUAAAUUAAAAAGUCCACCGCCAAUGCCCGAGAAGACUACAGUGAAACAAUAAUACAAAUAACCCAAAAGAAUCAGUUAAAUCGAAUUGAAGCCAAUAAACAAUCGACCAUGUAUCGCAUCAGUCCAAUUGGACGCAAAUCAAACUUCCACUCGCGCGAAAAAUGUCUGAUUGGACUCGUCCUGAUAACGUUGUGCUUCCUCUGCUUCGCCGGCAUCUUCCUCCUGCCGGACAACUUCGGCAGCGAUCGUGUCCUGCGCGUCUACAAGCACUUCCGAAAGGCCGGACCGGAGAUCUUCAUCCCAGCGCCGCCCCUCGCCGCACACGCCCCCCAUCGCAGCGAGGAUCCGCAUUUCAUUGGCGAUCGCCAGCGUUUGGAGCAAAAGAUUCGCGCCGAAUUGGGCGAUAUGCUCGAUGAGCCACCGGCUGCGGGUGGAGGCGAACCCGGACAAUUCCAGGCGCUCGCCCAACAGGCUCAGGCUCCAGCUCCCGUCGCCGCUCUGGCGGAUCAGCCGCUGGAUCAGGACGAGGGACACGCUGCCAUUCCCGUUAUAGCCGCCCCAGUUCAGGGAGACAAUGCCGCCAGCCAGGCCUCGUCGCAUCCACAAAAUUCCGCCCAGCACAACCAGCAGCAAGCACAACUGCCAUUGGGAGGCGGUGGCAAUGAUCAGGCGCCGGACACACUGGACGCCACACUGGAGGAGCGACGUCAGAAGGUCAAAGAGAUGAUGGAACAUGCGUGGCACAAUUACAAAUUGUAUGCGUGGGGCAAGAACGAGCUGCGUCCCCUUUCGCAGCGACCCCAUUCGGCCAGUAUUUUUGGAUCCUACGAUCUGGGCGCUACAAUCGUCGACGGGCUGGAUACCCUGUACAUAAUGGGACUGGAGAAGGAAUAUCGCGAGGGUCGCGAUUGGAUCGAGCGGAAAUUCUCACUGGACAAUAUCAGCGCAGAGUUGAGUGUUUUCGAAACGAACAUUCGAUUUGUCGGCGGCAUGCUGACGCUGUACGCCUUUACGGGGGAUCCACUGUACAAGGAGAAGGCCCAGCACGUGGCCGACAAGCUGCUGCCCGCCUUCCAAACACCCACGGGGAUUCCCUACGCGCUGGUCAACACCAAGACCGGUGUGGCCAAGAACUACGGCUGGGCAUCCGGCGGCAGUUCUAUCCUAUCCGAAUUCGGCACACUGCAUCUCGAAUUUGCCUAUUUGAGCGACAUUACCGGUAAUCCACUGUACAGGGAACGAGUGCAAACCAUCCGCCAAGUGCUCAAGGAGAUCGAGAAACCGAAGGGCCUCUAUCCCAAUUUUCUCAAUCCCAAGACAGGCAAAUGGGGGCAACUUCACAUGUCAUUGGGCGCUCUGGGCGACAGCUACUACGAGUACUUGCUGAAGGCCUGGCUGCAAUCCGGCCAAACGGAUGAGGAAGCCCGCGAGAUGUUCGACGAGGCGAUGCUGGCCAUUUUGGAUAAGAUGGUCCGCACGAGUCCCGGCGGACUGACAUACGUCUCCGAUCUCAAGUUCGACAGGCUGGAGCAUAAGAUGGACCAUUUGGCUUGCUUCUCGGGCGGCCUAUUCGCUUUGGGAGCGGCCACGCGUCAAAAUGAUUAUACGGACAAGUACAUGGAGGUGGGCAAGGGCAUUACGAAUACCUGCCACGAGAGCUACAUCAGAGCACCCACUCAGCUGGGACCCGAGGCCUUUAGAUUCAGCGAAGCUGUGGAGGCGCGAGCACUGAGAUCGCAGGAGAAGUACUACAUUCUCCGGCCAGAGACUUUCGAGAGCUACUUUGUGCUGUGGCGACUCACGCACGACCAGAAAUACCGCGACUGGGGCUGGGAGGCGGUCCUCGCCCUGGAGAAGCACUGCCGCACGGCGCACGGAUAUUGUGGCCUGCGCAACGUCUACCAGCAGGAGCCGCAAAAGGACGACGUUCAGCAGAGCUUCUUCCUCGCCGAAACGCUUAAGUACCUGUACUUGCUGUUCUCGGAUGAUUCGGUGCUGCCGCUGGACGAAUGGGUGUUCAACACGGAGGCCCAUCCGCUGCCGAUCAAGGGUGCGAAUGCGUACUACAGACAGGCGCCCGUAACGCUUCCGGUUUCGAACGCAUCAUAAACGGGCGCCAUGCUGCGCCGCUGGCUGUUCGGCCUGUCCCUAGCAAUGCACCUUACUUAGCUCGCGAUAUUUGGAAACCUACACAUGUGUGUACCAGAUCGUAACAUUUUUUUUUGUUUUGUUUAAGUUAUUAGUUAGAUUACGUGAGAAUGACAACUGCUUACGAAAGAUAUUGUAUGCUUACAAUCAAUCCAGGCACACAGACACACACUCGAGAAACUGUCAAUGUAACAUAUUUAUAAAGCUUGCACAUAUAUAGGAACGUAAACUUAAACGGAUAUAUCGUAGUUUAGUUCUUAACUGUUUGCACAAGUUUCUCCAAGUCUCUCUUCUUGAUUUAUCUUAUGGAAUUAAUAGCAAUCCAAAUAGUUGACAGAGGUGGAUGGUGGGAAGACCUCAAUUUCCAUUUAAAUGCGAAUGACGUAGACGUAGGCAAAAACUCUUGAUAUUAAUUAUGAUAUGAUAUAUAAUAUGAUAUACGUGUAAAUGUAAAACUCAGGUGUUCUUAUUAUGAUUUUCCUUGCGCUCACACAAGGCACUUUUUCAACUAACCAGCUACGUAACUAUCUCUACAAGCAUUCUAUACGCAAUUCUCGAUCUGCGACUAUAUCUCUGUGUGGAUUUAUGGCCACUUGGGGGGCAUUUCGUAAGAUCUACUCUGCUAAUUUCCAAUUCGAAUCUUUGACCACUUUAUUUUGUAUAUAAUUUCUACUGACUUUCCUCACAAAAUGAAGGCAGAAGAAAAUCGAAUUGAUAUUUAUACAAAUAUAUUCUUACACAAUAUUGUUUACUUUGUAGCCUAAAUAUUUAAAUAUAAAUCUAAUAUAGAGUCUAGCUUACUUUAUGUGACGAAAGAAAUGUAACGCGAAUUACCUUAAAUCAAGAACAUCAAGCGAAAAGAACGCAAAUGAAUAUAUAUACAGUAAAUAAAUAAAUAUAUAUUUGUAUUUAAUUAAAUCAAAUAAAACGUAGGCAAUUGUUAAAAUAAAUUAAUGAUACGAUGGAACGUGCCGAGCGAAUGGUAAUUUAAUUUUUAACAACUGUAAAGGUUUUUUAUAAUAAUAAUACCAACAGUAAACAUAUUUAUAAUUCUAUUUAUAACUGUAAUCCAUAGUCUAAGCCACAAGGAUCGCAUGAUAAAAGGAAUAUAGAAGUUAUUUAAUUGUUUUUUUUUUUUGUAACAUACGCAGCUUGUUCUGUGUAAAGUGAUUUAACAAACGUAAAAUAACAUAAAACAUAAGCUAAGACCCUAAUGUAAAACAAAAGAAUUUUAAAGAAACAUUUUAACAAAAUAAAAUAAUAUCAAAUUUAAUUACACCGAUAAAUGAAGAAAUCUAAUAAAUCCAAGCUAACAAAAGUUAAACGAGCUAAAUGCUUAAAAAGAAUAGGAAGAAAAGAAUGAAUUCGAUACUAACUAAGCAUAAAUUUAGUGUCUAGAGCAAAACCUUUUUUUGUUUAGAUCAAAUUAGAAUUGAGGCCAAUAGCGAGAUAUAUAAUAUAUCCGAUUAUAAUGCCGAACACACAGAUUCGAAUGGCAGUUUGUAAAUGCAUCAGACACAAUACAUUCAUCAACGGCAGUCCCUGAGCUGCUGAGGAUGUCACGUGUAUUUUGCCUAAAUCAUAAGUUUAAUAAAGAUCUAAUAAUUAA